AUGAAGCUUCAUUUGUCCAGUGAGAGAGGUUUGCAGGCAGAAUCCACAGAUCCCUUUGAGGCAGGAACGGAUGAUCGGAUGGUGAAGCGUUUAAGCGUCCUGAUCAUUUGGGGGAAUCCUGAGGCGCUCCCUGGACAGCAGAGACAUAGCACCUCCAGCAACUUGCCGGGGGCUUACUCAGCGCUGGCCUCCUCCCAGAGCGCCACUGUGAGUUGA